UUUUCUUUUUGUUAUUUUUCAGUUGCGGCAGUUUGCUCAUUCCCAGGAAAUCUGAACGGCGAUUUUUACAGCUCUAGAGAGGGCUAUUUGACAUUUACCUCUGCCCAGUUUGGAACCAAGUCGGUGACGAUAGUUGGUCAGACAUACGCGGACUUGAACUUUGAUUGUUACAUAAAUAAUGGAAACUACUAUGUUACGAAGUCCACAUCUAUUGACAUCUUUACAAGUCCGUUCAAUUUAUACAUGUGUCUGGAGAUAUACGAAGUUACAUCCAAUUUGUUCUACUAUUACUACAGCACAGAGUCCCUAGCGCAGGCGAACAACGUGAACGUGAAGAUCGUACCAAAUGCCACGGCUGUGACGGUGUGGACCGACAUUUGCGACGAUCUCGUGCACGACCCAGGUGCCUACAGCGUACUACUGAGAAAUGGUACAAACAUAGCAGAGGAAGCUGUACUUUGUCCAACUGUUUUUCAAAGCUACAUGCAGUACCAGUUUACCGACGCCAGCAACAACGUCUUGUGCACCCAAAGCUCGUACCUAGACGUGUGCACCAACAAAGACAUGCUGGCCUUCAACUACUCCGACUGUAGCGCCACCGUGCUGUAUUCAUCCAGUGGUUCACUGUACUGUCUGUUCUACAAGGAAGUUUCUUCUUCGUCGUAUUACAUCACCCUGUACAACACCGACUCGACCGUGGAUGACAGUUCCACGUUCAGGCUCGCCUGUCUGUUGCUGGAGUCUGGCGGUGGAGUGAGCUAUGCCACGCAAUACCCCAACGAGUGUCAGAACACGACCUACAUGAACAGUACGUACGUGUCAUCGCCAGGAGGCACGUUCGUCUUCACCUCCAACUCAACAUGCCCUGUGACGCCUCCCGAUGCAGCUAUACCGUACGACAUCAUCUUCGGUGUUCUGGGGACAGUGCUGUUCCUGUUACUGCUUGCUGGCGGUCUCGUGCUCCUCCUCCGGCUCUUGAAGAAGAAGAAGACCCGGAACGGGGUCAGCCCCACGCAAGAUCCCGCGGCGGUCGCCAUCGCAAACAAACCCGACAUCAACUCGAGGACUCUCUUCACGCCCGUCCCAAAAGACUCGCUGAAAAUAAACGGCAUCCGAAAGCUCCACCCCAGCGCCGUGACGUCGCUGAUAGACACGGAUAACGAAAAGAUGCUGUCGCCGUCGUCCGUUGCCGUGGCGAUGAAUGUCCCGCCGGUAGCGCAAAGGCCGCCGCCGACUCCUGGAAGUCUUCUCGCCACCUCUGACCCAGACGUCGAGGUCAGCAUAUCGGAGUAUUCCGACAGCACGGAGACGUCGUCGCCCACCCGCAUGUCGCCGACAAUAGCGGGACCGACGCCGGGGUUCACCACGACCACUGCUGGGUCCGUGACGGCGUCUUCGAUGACGCUGGAUUCUUUUCGCUCACAACCUCUCAACACUUUUUAGAUAAAAUAUGGCAAUCAGUUGAUAUGGAGGAAAGAACAUUGCUUUAAAUAUACUUUGAACAGACUCAAUCUCUCAUCAAUUGUCAUUACAUGAGCGUCGGAAGAUUCCAGCAAUUGGAAGGGAUAGUUAGGUCUUAGUAUAUUCGCGUUUCAGCUGGGAUGUCAGUGUAUAUACUCUGAUUGUGAGGAGGAAGUUUUCCCUGGACUCUCUCUCCUCCCCUGCCCACCUCCGUUCCUUAUCAAUGACAAUUGAUUCAGUUUUGGGGCAUUUAUAGAGGAAAAAAACCCCAACGAUAUGUCAUCACAAUGUCUUUUUUUUGACAUGAACCUGGACUCUCAGCAAUCACAAUCGCUCAACACGUUUGAGACCAAUCAUGGUAGUUGAUGGUUAAAAACAGAAUUGGAUUAUAUUGCUUCAAAGAAGAGACUUCAUCACCCAUUGUUCUAAAACAAACAUUCCUUUCUAUACCAUUUCCUUACCAAUGAUCCAGUUCUUGGGUAUUUUGUAUUAGAAAACAAAGAUAUUUACAAGAAUCGGGAUUUUGUUUAAAAAAAAUAGUCACUUGCGUUAUAAGUUUGCCAAAAUAUGGUAGAAAGGAAAUCUAAAAGUGGUUAAUGACCUAUAUAUUUUAUGUAUGUUACCUUCAUUGUCAGUCAUACAUGUAAAUAUAUCCGUUCAUGCAGGUAUUCAACAGGAUUAAAGAGCAUUCAGUUUCAGCACCACAAUUGUGGGUUCUGUGACGUAUCAACCAUUACGUUCUAUCUUUUAUUUUACUUAGACUGAAGCAUAAAUUUAUGACAUAUAACAUACUGUAUAUCAGUUAAUGAAAAAUAAAGAUAAAACACACACACACACACACACACACACACACACACACACACACACACCAGAAGUCAUGGGCAGGGAUGAAAAUUACGGGGUAUUUUUUUUUUAUCUACUCCAUAUAAAUAGAGAGAAGAAUUUGUCUAAUGCCUCUUAAACUAGAAAGUGUUCCCCUAAUAUCGUUCCUAAUCUCUGUUACGAAUAUACGAAAACAUUUCUUUGUCGAGCAGUAAGUAUAACUGGGAAAUGAAAGGAAUGCUAUCAAUCAUGUUCAAAGCUACCUCUCCGUGUAUAUUUUUACUAUUUAUUUAUUUAAUCAUUUAGAAUAGAUCAUCUGCAUUAAUUUUCUUACCAUCACACUUCAUUCUUCGAUAUUGUUUAACUAUACUCUCUAAUCUAGGUGAUAUAAAAUGUAUUAUUCUCCAUUUAACACUCACAAGAGAGGCGCUAUUGCAUUAUUGUGUCUUACAAUAUGACGACAGACGUGUAUGUUGUGUGAAGAUAAUAAGAGUUUAUUAAAAGUUGCACAUCCAAUAGCCGAUGUGCUGUCGUUAAACAAAACGGUCGCAGACCCUAGUUUCAACCCGUGAAAAUGGACACUAAGCUUAGUUAAUCUACAACCCUGUAACAGAUUUGGAUAAAGCUGGCAUCGGUGGUGGUGGUGGUGGUGGUGUCGUGGUCAUUUCCUGUCCUGGACAGGCGUGCGCUACAUUUCAUUUUAACUUAUUUUUCGUGCUUAUAUAUAAUUAAGGUUCAAGCACGCUGUCCUGGGCACACACCUCAGCUAUUUGGCAUGCUCUGAAUGUGCACGUUAAUUAUCUUGAAUAGAAUUCUCUUGAAUAGUCGUGGUUAUGCCUUCGGACUUCAGGAUGGUAGGUACUGGGUUCGUAUCCCACCUGAGGCAAUGGGGGAUUUUUCAUGCCAGUAGCUGCUCCAAUUCAGAGCGAGUGCACCGCUAGGCUCAAUGGAUAGGUGUACGGCUAAAUGCACCGAGUUUCACUCCCCACUUCACGGGUGCGAUUAUGGGUGUGUCUCCCGAGUUUAUGACCCCGCAUGGGGGAUGAUUACCAUGCAUGCACUGCAGGUUCCGUGUAAGUUAAACAGACCAGACCUCGUCUGCAUUACCAUUAUACUUUUCAGAUGAACGUGCAUUUUUUUAAUUAUUAUUAUUAGGAAAAAAAACCCAAGAUGACCAGAAACACUUCGGAUCAUACGUUAAUCUAAACAAUAAAAUCUAAAUAAUGUCCAAUAACAAUUAUCAAAACGAGCUAUAACAGUGAAAAAUACGCUAUAGUGUUCAAAAACUGGGGUCUGUCACUUUAAAACCGAAUAGUAUUUUUCAUUGGUAUACAGUAAAUGAUGCUACGGUAAGGCGAGACUGUUGAUUUAAUAUCAUAUCUUUAUAUUAAGAUGUUUUGUUCAUAUAUGUUGCACUAUGAUAGUACUAACUUCAAUUAAUUAUCAUAUAUCUGUACUACUAUAAUGUAUAUACAAUGUAUAAGACUAGUAUUGUAGUUUACAUGCAUGUCUGAAAUUAUUACUCAUUUAAGUUAGUAUUAUUGUUGUUGCCAAAUCAUCAACUAUUUAUUAGAUAUAGGUUUGACAUAUAAUAAUUUGUAUAUAAUACAAUA